GCCCCAACUGAGUCUUUAUUGAACUGGCAAGACUAUGAGGGUCGAACACCUCUGCACUUCGCAGUUGCUGAUGGAAACCUAACGGUGGUGGAUGUCUUGACCUCCUAUGAAAGCUGCAACAUAACCUCUUACGAUAACUUAUUUCGAACCCCACUUCACUGGGCAGCCUUACUAGGCCAUGCGCAGAUUGUCCAUCUACUUCUAGAAAGAAACAAAUCUGGAACGAUCCCUUCAGACAGCCAAGGAGCAACACCCUUGCACUAUGCAGCUCAGAGUAACUUUGCUGAAACAGUUCAAGUGUUCUUAAAGCAUCCUUCAGUGAAGGAUGAUUCUGAUCUGGAAGGAAGAACAUCGUUCAUGUGGGCAGCAGGAAAAGGCAGUGACGAUGUGCUCAGGACUAUGCUGAGUUUAAAAUCAGACAUCGACAUUAACAUGGCCGACAAGUACGGAGGCACAGCUUUACACGCUGCUGCCCUUUCUGGCCACGUCAGCACCGUGAAGUUGUUAUUGGACAAUGAUGCUCAAGUAGAUGCUACUGACGUCAUGAAACAUACUCCACUGUUCCGAGCCUGUGAGAUGGGACACAGAGAUGUGAUUCAGACGCUUAUUAAAGGCGGAGCACGAGUAGAUCUGGUUGACCAAGAUGGACAUUCACUUCUACACUGGGCAGCACUGGGGGGAAAUGCUGAUGUCUGCCAGAUACUGAUAGAAAAUAAGAUCAACCCAAAUGUGCAGGAUUAUGCAGGAAGAACACCACUUCAGUGUGCUGCAUACGGAGGAUACAUCAACUGUAUGGCUGUGCUCAUGGAGAACAAUGCAGACCCCAACAUCCAAGACAAAGAGGGACGAACAGCUUUGCACUGGUCCUGUAAUAAUGGCUACCUUGAUGCCAUCAAACUACUGCUAGACUUUGCUGCUUUCCCUAAUCAGAUGGAGAACAAUGAGGAGAGUGCUGAAACACCCAGGGAGCACUGCAGAGGCCCCUCUGCCUGUGUGCAUUCCAGAUCCUGUGAAGGUGACAGCUACAGGCACCAGGGAACAUCCUCUGUGGAGAAGUGCAGAGGCGAGACCAAUGGCAAACACCCGAAGUGUGAGGAGGGACCAAGCAGAGCCAGGCUACCCUUGUCCACUGGGUCAGCCUGUCCUGCUGAGAAAGGAGAGGACUCCAGCCCUGCAGCUGCAAGUGCUUCUUCCCAGCAGGACCGCCCCAGGAAGCCCAGCAAGAGACAGGACAGGGCACCCAGGCCCAGAUGUGCUUCCCAGAAAAGACGCACCCAUCAGCUCAGAGACAGGUGCUCCCCAGCUGGGUCUAGCCGACCUGGCAGUGCCAAGGGGGACGUUACCUGUGCUGAUCAGAGUUCUCUCCACCAUCACACACCAAGAAACAAGUUGACCCAGGACAAGCUUAUAGGAGGGGUCUCCUCAGAUUUGCCACUCAGCACAGAAGAGUCGAGGUCAGGACGCAAGAAGCUUUAUGAGGCCAUCUGUACAUCUCCAGAGAACGACAUGGCUUGUGGCCCCCCGCCUGGACAGAGUGUGAACAUUCACCUUCUUCCUGUAGAGCAGCGCCUGCUGAUAAUCCAGAGGGAACGAAGCAGGAAAGAGCUGUUUCGAAGAAAAAACAAGGCAGCGGCAGUCAUCCAGCGAGCUUGGCGAAGCUACCAGCUCAGGAAGCACCUGUCUCGGCUUCUGCAUUUGAAGCAGCUUGGAGCCAAAGAUGUGCUCAGAUGUACCCAAGUGUGCAUAGCCCUGCUCCUCCAGGUUUGGAGGAAAGAACUGGAACUCAAGUUCCCAAAGUCCAUCUCAGUAAGCAGAACAUCGAAGAGCCCAUCCAAAGGCAUGUCGGCCACAAAGUCUGCCAGGCACUCAGUGCUCAGGCAGAUCUACGGUUGUUCUCAAGAAGGGAAAGUACAUCAUCCCAUCAAAUCUUUAAAAGUCCCUCCUGUGCUUCAUCUCAAUUCAGUGAGCAGUUUGCAGUCUAUACAUCUUGACAACAGUGGAAGAUCAAAGAAGUUUUCUUACAACCUGCAACCAGCCAGUCAACCAAAAAACAAGCCAAAGCUUUGACUCUGGAGGAAGAUCAGAACCAGUGUGGAAUUCUGCUCUCUGUAAACUCUUACUCAUGAGAAAGCUUUACUAUCUGUACCUAAAGCCUUAUUACCCACCAUAUGUGGUCAAAGACAAUGUUCAAAUGGUUUCUCCUGGGAACUGCUACUCAGCGUUACCUUUUUAUUCCUCUCAGCAUGCCCUAAAAGGACCAGAGCACAAAGCUCGGAUGGAUUGCCUAGCUGUGUGCUUCACCUCAGCCAACAUGGCUGGAGAUGAGAACUCCCAUACUCAGUGCAAGUAACAACACCUGCACUAAAGGAGCUGCUGGGCUGGGAUUUCUAACAGCUAACUGGCACAGGCCUAGGUUUUUCACGAUAGAGAACCUGCUUAAAUGAGAUAGAAAACCUGGGCUGCAGCAGCCACCCUCAACUCUUUUUACUUCCCUGGAACAUACUGUGAUGACAAACAUCUCAAGAGACAUUUUAAAUUUUAGAUCACAAUCAUGGCUUAGUAUAUGCAUUUAGAAACUACCCAUUGUACUAAAGUGGAACUAAGACGUACACUCUGUGGCUUCCUUAGUUUUCAGUUUCCAAAUUGGCCCAGAAAAGACUAAAGCUGAAUGGCACCAAUGAUACCACAGUACCAAGUCAGCAGGACAGGGUUUAUUUACAGCAGAAUUCGCCAACCAACUCAGGCUUCUUCUCUUCCCCUUUGCAUCUUCUGAACAACUUGCAGAAAUAUGUAGUAUUCCCCAAAUGCAAUUUCUCUUGUGAAAGGAACCCACAUUCUAGCUAAGAAUACUUGGCUUAAAUAAAGUCUAGUGAUUAUGGGCUUUUACAGAGGCAAAGAUGACAUCAGGUCAUUCCUGUGAUAACACUAAAGGACGGGAAGCAGGUGUUUAUUUAAUUACCUAGACUUUUGGUUUAGUAAAUUAUAUUCAAAAUUAUGAAGACAGGUUUAUGUAGAUGGGAUCACAAAGUUUCACUGGUAAGCAAAUGAAGGCACCAUAGCUCACUCUAUGCGUUGUAAACAUUUAGCUCUUAUGAAAGUCAAAAUGUUCUAUUGCCUGUCCUUGUAUCGUGUGUUAGUCCAGGCAAACACUGUGAGACCACUAAGAACUCUUACACCUUAUUUUCCCACUUCUGUAUGAAGGAAGCUCAUGAACAACUAACUGCUUUAAAACUUGAGGUUUAAUGGCAAACAUCUGUUACAUCAGUCUUUCUUCAAAAUAAAAUGAAUGUGCAUGAACAAUUAAUUUCAAACAGGAGGUACCAUGGUGCUUCUUUAAUACAAUGCAUUCAAUAUACUAGGCCCUUGGGGAUGGCCACUGAUGUACACGCUGAAGCAGUAAUGUAAGUCUGUAAGCCACUGCUCCUGAACAUUGCCACUCUUCAGAGUCUGCAGAGAAAAACAAAAGGCACUUUAGUUUGAGAACCUGACAUUUUUCAUGGCCUCCAGAAAAGUAUCUUUCCCUAACCACCAGCUGGAGUACACACACGGGCUGGACGUAGGCCUCCCUGAACAUAUGUAGCAGAUGUGCAGCUUGGUCUUCAUGUGGGUCCUGAAGAAUUGGAACAGGGGCUGUCUCAAAAACUGUUGCCUAUUCGUAAGAUAUGUUCUAGCUGGACUGCCUUGUUUGGCCUCAGCAGGAGUGGACGAGUCUAGCCUCGAAGAAGCUUGAAGUGCCAGGGUAGGAGGAUACCCAAGGGGCCCUCAGAGAAGGUGAAGGGGGAGAAAUUGUGGCAGGGCAUGACAGAGAGAUGGGGCAGUAAGCAGAAAGUAAAAAGUGACUAAGUAAAGAAAUAAAAAUUAAAAAAAAAAUCCUCUUCUUCUAUAAACUAGAAGAAAUCUUAAAAUACAAAACAAACCAACCAACUGUUGGGAGUUACUAUAGCCAUCUAAGAAAUUUUGAAAUUAUGAAAUGGGCCCUAAAGGCUUAGGUAUUUGAAUAAUUAGUCCCCAGUGAGUGUUAAUGUUUUGGAAGGUUCUUUGGACACAGCCUACUUCUGGCCUAGGCUCUCUACUUCCUGACCUACUGAGAUGUAAAUCCACCCAGCAAAUACCCACUGCCACAGAUGUAUCCCAGCCACAGUGCUUACUCCAUGAUAACAGAGUGCCCUCUCAAACUGUCAAAUACAGUAAGUCCUUCUUUUAAGUUGGAUCUGUUAUUUGGUUAAUGUGACAAGAGAAACAGUAUGUGGCCUUAAGUUCUUUGCAGAACUGCUCCCUCCUGGACAUGCUGGAGACUAAUAAAAAUAAUUAUGGACAACCACCA